UAUACCUAUAAAAAACUCGUAAAAUAUCGCAGGCCAUAUUGGCCAUUACCACAGACUAGCGAUAUAUAACAAUGGAUUCAUUUUUUUUAACCCACUCCAUUGCCGUAAAUAUAGCAAGCCUCAUGUUUCAUAGACCGUUAUGAGAAAUUGUUUAUUAUGAAAUUAGCUACGGAAAUAUUUAUUGUGCUUUGUUACACAGUAGCUGUACGUUUAGUUAGUGCUAGAAAUGCUAUCAAAUUCAGCAAGAAAGAAUUAGAAUAUCUGAACGCAAGACGUUUUGGGAUGUCCGAAAAUAUGAACUAUGGAGAAGCUUAUCCACAACCAUUGCCAACGGUUCCGCCAAAGAGUGAACUAUUUAAGACACAUCCGAGUAUCUACCAAGGAGUGAGGUUCGAUAAUGAUGUGAGGGUCUAUAGGCAGAGGUUUGAAUACAACGCGACCGCGGAAGGCCAGCGCAUCCUGUGUCAAGGGAUGUUUGAUUGUGCGAUCGCUUUCCUGGCGAUAGAAUCAUCAGAAGCAAUUCCCGUGCUGCUGAGAGGAGGCGUGGGUUACAGGCACUUUACGGCUAUCAUCAAGUCAAAACCGAACCGGGAUCUCAAGGGACAAGUCCGGGCCUACUGCAGGCAUAAAAAUGGACGGGCGUUCAAUAAAGAGAAGACUUCACAACCCAAGUCUAGGACGACUACUACACAACCAAAAAGAAGAUUUGUUUUCCCAGAGCUUGAAUCCGAAAUGGAUGAUCACGAUUUUGGUACGAGACGUCAUAUGUAUCCAUUCGCUGCUCAAACUUCAAUGGCACAAAAUAAUAAUAAGUUAGGUAACCAAAUAAUUGAUAAUAGAAACUCGGUUAGAAGGUCUUAUUUAUCGUAACAAUUAGUUGUCAAAUGGCUAGCCGUUUUAUAAGCGAAGAAAUCUUUUAGGGAAAUAAGUACAUA